AUGGCCGGACAGGAAGCUGAGAGAGCUCAACACCCACAUAUAGCACCAACGCAGACUGGAGCAGGGCAAUGCUCUGGUGUCCCCCCAACCGCUACUACUCAAGCUCCUACUCCAGCAUCGACGUUUCUCAAAGAAGCACAAGUAGCGACACCACCGCCUCCAAAUGGGGGUCUUAAGGCAUGGACCCAAGUGCUGGGUGCACACUUUCUCUUUUUCAAUUCAUGGGGCAUUGUAAACGCCUUCGGCGUUUAUCAAACCUACUACCAAACCGCCAUCCUAGCCGACUACAAUGCGUCCGAUAUCUCCUGGAUUGGCACAUUUCAGGCAUUCCUGCUGGUAUCUUUCAGUUUGGUGGCAGGACCGAUCUUCGAUCGAGGCUAUUUCCGCAUCCUGCUCAUCGUUGGCAUGUUCCUUACCGUCUUUGGCAUUAUGAUGAACAGCAUCUCGAAUAGAUAUUGGCAGGUAUUUCUCUCACAGGGUUUGUGCGUCGGUCUGGGCACAGGGUGUCUGUUCCUGCCCAGCGUGGCAAUCGUGGCCACAUACUUCACAACAAAACGGGCACUGGCCAUUGGUUUCGUCGCAUCAGGAGGAAGCAUCGGCAGCCUGAUUUAUCCGAUCGUCUUCCACUGCCUGGAACCUCGUAUCGGCUUCCCAUGGGCGACAAGAGUGCUCGGAUUCAUUGCCUUGGGAACUCUUACCGUUAGCAUUCUUGUGCUAAGGACACGGCUACCUGCACCAACUAAGAUGCGGGCGAUACUCGACCCCCAAGCCUUCAAGAAUGUUCCUUUUAUUCUCUUCAGCAACGGUCUCUUCCUCGCGUUCGCAGGCCUAUACGUCCCGAUAUUCUACAUCAUCUUCUUCGCCGAGGUCCGCGUCCACGUGAACACAGAUCUCUCCUUCUAUAUGCUUCCCAUCCUCAAUGCUGCAUCAGUCUUCGGUCGAAUUAUCCCUGGCUUAUUGGCUGACAAGUAUGGCUCACUUGAACUCCUCGUGGUCUGCACUAUCGCGUCAGCCAUUAUCGGAUAUGUCGGGAUAGUCAUCAAGUCUCUCGGCAGCUUGAUUGUCUACUCAAUCAUAUAUGGCUUCCUCUCUGGCGCGGUUGUCUCGCUGCCCUCAGCUGUGGUUGCUACGCUGGCACCAAGUAUGCAGCUGAUAGGAACAUGGAUGGGAAUGUCUUUCUUUUUCGCGGCCCUGGGGAUUCUUAUUGGAAAUCCAAUAGCAGGGAGCAUCAUCGAUGUGGAGAAGAAUCAUUUCGGAGGCGGGUUCGUAUUCUCGGGGACUCUAGUCACGGCAGCGGCCGUGUUAUUUGUGCUAACGAAGGGAUGGAAGCACGCUCAGAAGUGGAGAGAGAUGAAGUACUCAGAGGAGGCUGCCAUACUCAAAUCUGACAGCUAA